AUGCAGGUCACUGUUUCUCUUUUGGCCGCCAUUGCAGGGCUUUCUACGGCACUCCCCGAAGGAGUCGUCAUUCCUGCAGGUUCGAUACUCAAUGGUCCGGCUUGGGUAGACCAGACAUACGGCAGUGGUCUCGGGGCCGGCGGCAAUGUAUGUGGCGACACCCGCGACGUGGUCAAUCGUGCGGACGAGGACGCGGCGCCUUUGGCCCCGGACUGCAUGGAGGUCCUCAACAAGGUGAAAGAUGAACCGAAACUCGUCUUCCAUGCUGAGCGAGAUGAGUGGGAUGAGAAAACCCAGGCCGUGGGAUUCUAUCCAUUGAUAACUGUGGGGACCUGCUCCUUCACCAUCCGGCCCACCGAGUGGGACCCUGCACGGUAUAAUUACUUCGUGGGCUACCAAGACGUUGCCGAUAUCCUGCACGACUUGAUCAACAAGUUUCAGAUCAAGAAGGGGGAUAACUAUCGCUUCGGAGCGAGCGGCAUUAUGCCAUGUACGGAUCGUAUCAAGCAGCAGAGAGACUACACGCUAGAGUUCAAGGUCUGGAAUCCAACUAAAGGCUAG